ACUCGGAGGAGACGUCUAGUGGCGGUGGCUCCCAGUCACCGACUCACAUUCGCAUCAAUUUCGAGCGAUGCUUUCGCAAGGAAUACAGCGCGACCACGCUGCAAGGAAAGACAACGACCUCGUCGUCGUCGGCCGCGACGGCCGGGUCCAUGGAGGACUCGCAACAGUACUCCGACUCGGAGUCGGAACAAAAGGUGUCGAAAGAGAAUCUGAGCAGUGCCAUAUUCAAUCUGGUCGCCGGCGAGUCGGAGAUCAGUCAGAGCGACUUCGAGGGAUCGUUCAAGGUCGAGAACGAGAGAACGGAGGGCUCGGUGCGGGACUUCUGCGUGAAGGAGGGCGACGUGUACCGGUGCACCGUAUGCCAUCGUACCUACACACACAUCAGCAACUUCUGCCGGCACUACGUCACCUCGCACAAGCCUAACGUCAAGUACUAUCCUUGUCCGGUUUGUUUCAAGGAGUUCACGCGGAAGGACAACAUGGUUGCCCACGUGAAGAUCAUACACAGCCUUAAGCCGCAUAUGAGUCUGAGCAGCAGCGGCAGCAGUAGCAUGGGCCAGCAACG